AUGGUUGAUGACGAGGGUGUCAAAAGUUACAUACACAGGGUAAAUGAAAUUGUAAAUGCUAUAAGAGGUUUUGGUAGAAAGAUAGAAGGAGGCAAUGUUGUGAGAAAUAUUUUGUUUACUUUGCCUAAACCCUAUAAGCCAAAGACAUGCACUAUUGAAGAAAUUCAUGAUUUAGAUAAGUAUACAAUUGACCAACUUCUUGGAUCACCAUCUACCUAUGAAUUAUCUGAUAGGGAAGAUAUCAAAAGGGAAAGAAAAGAGGUCGCAUUCAAUAUUUCAAAUAUGAUUGAAGAUGAACUUGAAACAAGUGAAAAUAUGGAUGAGAUCGAAGCAAAAUUUGAAGACUACAAGAGAUUUUAUGAUGAUGAGAAGAAGGAUAGAUACAAAAGAUAUGACAAAAAGAAAAAGGAAAAGAAUAAGGAAAUGUCCAAAAGACUGGAAGGAAUGAAGAACAAAAGAAGUUCAGUAAGUGAAAAGACUACAUUGCAUGCCAAAGUGGAAUCAGAAUCUUGGAUAAUUGAUUUUGGAUGCCUAAAUUAUAUGAUCAAUGAUAAAGAGAAGUUCCUUAAUCAUGAGAGGUACGAUGGAGGAUCAGUUAAGUUUGUAGGAGAGGAAGUUGCACCUAUUUGUAGGAUAGGAAGCAUUACAAUUGAUGGUAAGCAUAAAAGUAAUGAUGUUUAUUGUGUUGAAGGUCUGAGACAUAAUUUAUUGAGUGGUCAAAUAUGA